AAGAAGAGAUGGACAAGCAGGUUGGAGUGUGUGUGCGUAGAGAGAGAGAGAGAGAGAGAGAGAGCGAGGGAGAGAGAGAGAGAGAGAGUGCUGGCAGCUCAUUACACUAAUGCACUGGUCCCUUAGGGAGUUGGCAAGCUUGGAGUCCUCCCUCCCUCUCCCCUUUUCACCCCUCCUCUUCCAGUGUUUGCAAGAGCUAGAGGCAUUGCACAGUCCAGGACCCCCACCUACAUACACACACACACACACACACACAUACCCACACACACACACACACACACGCACACACAGACAUGUCACACUUCAGGACCUGCAGCGUUCGACAAGAGAGAACUAGCUGUCCUGAGCUCUUGGCUGAACGUUUUGGAGUAACAUCUUGUUUUUUGCAGAAGAAGGUUUUUUUUAUUUUUAUGUAGCUUUAUUUUGAAGGGAGGGGCUGUUGUUGUGGAAGUAAAAGCAAGGAUGUGCAGCAGGAGACAAAAGCAUAAAAAAUUAAAGCUGAGAUGUCGCUAAAAUCUCAAAGAAGUGACAGGGGACCAUGGUUAUGUUGAAGAUCUCUGCUUUCCUCGUUGCCUACGCCCUGGUCAUUUGCCAGAUGUACUGCUCACAAGCCGCUCCUGCCAGACCGGGUUUAGACUCCAUGUCAGACCGAGUCACGCUCACGGACUACGAGGCGCGAAGGUUACUCAACGCCAUUGUCAAGGAGUUUGUGCAGAUGACGGCGGAGGAGCUGGAGCAGCAAGCGACUGAAGGAAACAGCAUGGACAGGCCCCUAACCAAGCGCUGCUCCAACCUCAGCACCUGUGUGCUGGGCAAACUGUCUCAGGAGCUGCACAAGUUGCAGACAUUCCCCCGCACGAACGUGGGAUCAGGAACGCCCGGCAAGAAGCGCAGUGCGCCUGAGAGCGACAGCUAUGCAAGCUACGGCGAGACGUUUGACAGCAUCUAACCCCCACCUCAUCCUCCCUCAGCCCCUCUUUUACCCUUCCUCCUCCUCCUCCUCCUCCUCUGUCCUCUCCUCGUCCCACUUUCUUCCUCAAUGUUUUGGGAUUGGCAAGUGCAUGUUGAUUUGAUCUGCCUGACUGACAUGAGAAGUUAACUGUAACUGCAACCAACUUUUCCGUUCCUUUCUCCUCCCCCCUCUUUAUUUUUGGCAGAGAAUGAUUUGUUCCCGUCAUUUCAGACAAUCAGAGUUAGUUUUCAUAAAUGUGAUUAAGGAGCCGGUGCAGACAUCCAUCUGUGUGUGUGUGUACUGUCCGUGGAGUCAUUUGAUGGCAUUUCAAAGCCUGCUGAAGUUUAAGGGUUGAGAGAGAUCACCUAAUGGAAGCAUUAAUAAAUGAUCCACUAAUGCCACACCAUGUUUCUUGUUUAAUAAACGUAUUUUUCUACCAGGAAGCCUUAGCUCAUUUUCAUUCUUAUGGAGAUAUUUCAGAACCCUCUGUGGGAAUUGAUUUACUAAAAUUGACGUAAAACAGACAAAACUGGAAAUUAUCUCUGUGGCUCUCAUCGAGUUCAAAGGUAAGAAAAAUGACAUACCUCAGGAGUGCAUAGAGACACUGUGUUCACAUAUUGAUGAAUUUAAGGCCUAGAUCUUGGGCAUUAACCCCUCGUUUGCUC